UGAAUCUUUUGAGCUUUCUGGGCACCCUGCUGUCUUCCUACGCUUUUCUUAUAUCAUAAAUUUCAUUGCUAUUAUUAACUUGGCUUUCUGGGAACUGCAGCGUUCAAAUCCUUUGUUGCUGAGUUUGUUUUUCUUUUGCUUUUCUGGUUGAUCUGGUCAUCUGGUUUAUGCAGAUUUCGGUCCCAAUCUUGACACACCUUCUCAGUAAAUAAAUAGCUCUAUUACUCUCGAAUUUACCUUUUAUUCAGAGGAGAAGAAGACUAAGAUAAGGGCAUGGCAGGAGGAGCAGCUCCAACACCAAAAGCAGAUGAGCCAGUCCCUCAUCCACCAAAGGAUCAGCUUCCCAAUGUUUCUUACUGCAUUACUAGUCCUCCACCAUGGCCGGAGGCCAUUCUUCUUGGGUUUCAACACUAUCUUGUGAUGCUGGGGACGACAGUUAUAAUUCCCACUAUUCUUGUUCCCCAGAUGGGAGGUGGAAAUGAGGAGAAAGCCAAAGUAGUUCAGACAUUGCUAUUUGUUGCUGGGAUCAACACCCUAUUACAGACGAUCUUUGGGACGAGAUUACCUGCUGUGAUUGGAGGGUCAUACACCUUUGUUGCCCCCACAAUUUCAAUCAUCCUUGCUGGUCGAUGGGACGACCCAGAUCCCAUAUCGAGAUUUAAAAAGAUAAUGCGGGCCACCCAAGGUGCAUUUAUUGUUGCUUCAACUCUUCAGAUUGUCCUCGGUUUUAGUGGCCUUUGGCGCAAUAUUACAAGGUUUUUGAGCCCUCUUUCAUCAGUUCCAUUGGUUGCACUUGCCGGGUUUGGGCUCUACGAACUUGGUUUCCCUGGUGUUGCUAAAUGUGUUGAAGUAGGGUUACCAGAGCUGGUGAUUUUGGUCAUUUUCUCCCAGUAUUUGGCUCAUCUUAUAAAGCCUGGACAUCAUAUUUUUGAUCGUUUUGCUGUUAUAUUUUCGGUAGCAAUUGUAUGGAUUUAUGCCCAUAUACUUACUAUUGGUGGGGCCUACAAUGGAAAACCACCAAAAACACAAACAAGCUGCCGGACUGACCGGACUGGACUUAUAUCUGCUGCCCCUUGGAUUAGAGUUCCCUACCCCUUUCAAUGGGGACCACCUUCUUUUGAUGCAGGUGAAGCAUUUGCUAUGAUGAUGGCAACUUUCGUAGCACUUGUAGAGUCUACUGGUGGUUUUAUUGCUGUUGCAAGGUUUGCUAGUGCAACCCACAUCCCACCGUCCAUUCUCAGCCGCGGUGUAGGUUGGCAGGGAAUAGGAAUUUUAUUAUCGGGGUUGUUUGGAACGGGUACUGGUUCUUCUGUCUCAAUUGAGAAUGCCGGUCUUCUAGCACUUACCCGUGUGGGCAGCCGCAGGGUCGUUCAGAUAUCUGCUGGCUUCAUGAUUUUCUUUUCUAUCCUUGGAAAAUUUGGAGCUGUCUUUGCCUCGAUUCCAGCGCCCAUUGUUGCAGCAAUAUAUUGCCUCUUCUUUGCAUACGUAGGUGCGGGAGGCCUAAGUUUGCUUCAAUUCUGCAAUCUGAAUAGUUUUCGGACAAAGUUCAUACUUGGCUUCUCGAUCUUUCUUGGAAUUUCCAUCCCUCAAUACUUCAAUGAGCACAUCGCCAUCAAGGGUUAUGGACCCGUUCACACUAGCGGAAGAUGGUUCAACGACAUCGUCAAUAUUCCAUUCAUGUCAAAAGCUUUUGUUGCUGGGAUCGUAGCUUAUUUCUUGGAUAACACGAUGGGCAAGAAGGAUAAUCAGACCAGGAAAGAUCGUGGCAAGCAUUGGUGGGACAAGUUCAGGUCUUUCAAGUCGGACACGAGAAGUGAAGAAUUCUAUUCUCUCCCUUUCAACCUCAACAAAUACUUCCCAUCAGUCUGAACAUUUUGGUUGUGGAAAUUUAUAAUUUGUCUGACCACUUGGAGGGCGGUUAACUAGAACAUUUGUUGACAUGGUUUUGUUGGUGUAAAUUUAUGCUUUAAAAUGAACUGUAUCUCCAUGUAGUUGAACUGUAUCCACCGGAGAACCACAAUUUUAGUCUCUUG